AUGAGCAAUUCUGCGCGCGCGAAAAAGCCGUGUUGUCCCGGCGCCUUGACCUUCGCCGCGCGAGAGGCGGCUACCUGCCGCUCUUGUUUGGUUGUGCUGGAAACUUUCUUCCGGGACGCCGACACCGACCGAGCUCCGAGUAUCCGAGUCCGCUCAGGACAGCUGAUCAGUUCGUUCGGACACGCCAAGGUUGGGGGUCUCUGGAUCAGUGAACAAUUGACACCAUCCACGCCAUCUCUGGCGCCGCAGGCGUGUUUCGCAAAGGCAGCCAGCAGCCCACCCCUCGCCGAGAGCCCAGCCAAGCCCGCCCAGCUUCUUUGCCUUGCGCGCACCACACACACCCAUACACACACAUGUGUCUGUGUCUGUAAUCCCGUAGACCGCCUCCCCCAAGUUACGAGUGCGGCGGGCGGGCUUGCAGCGGGACGGGAACGCGCGCUCCCAAAGAUUCAGCCCAGCGUCGUACGCGUAAAACCCGGGGCCCGGCAAUACCGUUCACGUAAGGCCAGCGUCGCAUCCCCGCACCCCGCCGCACGGCGAGUCCGCAUGCGCACACAACAACACGGCCCACGGCACCACCACACAGGGACAACUUGCACAGGAUUGGGACCUCUCAACCACGACGGCAAGGCUUGA